AUGGCGCUUGCUGAGAUCCUGAGCAGCAUGUCGCGAGAGGAUCCCGUCGCUCUGACGCCUCGCGAAGCAGCGUCCGGCCUUCUGGGCUCGGUGUCCAUGACUUGCUGGCUUUUCCUACUAGUACCACAACUCAUCGAGAACUAUCGCAACGGGAACGCGGAGGCUAUCUCCCUCCUCUUCGUAGUCGUCUGGUUCAUCGGCGACGUGACAAAUCUCCUCGGCGGCAUCCUAGCCGGCCUAGUUCCGGUCAUCAUUUCUAUCGCCGUAUAUUUCUGCAUUGCAGAUGGUGUUCUGAUCGCUCAAUGCCUCUACUAUAAGGCGCGUAACGCCCGCCUCGAGAGCCUCCGCCGCCGCCGGCGCUCGUCAACCGCGACAGCCGAUCCCACCACCCCGCUCCUCGGCCGGCGUUUCAGUGACAGUUUGGUGCCUCCCCAGGGCCGACGGAGGUCAUCGGGCUCGUUGCGAGGCUACCAGGGCGCGGGUCGACGCGAAAGCCAGGUUGAAGAUCCAUUGGCGAAGAUCGUGGAGGAAAACGAGUACGGGGGUAAGGCAUGGCUAAAGAACUUUAUCAGCGUUCUUGGUAUCUUUGUAAUCGGUGUGGCGGGGUGGACAAUGGCCUGGCAGGCGGGUAUGUGGGCGCCGGCGCCGCAAACGAACAGCAAGCCUGUUGAUAUGGCGACUGGGGGACAGAUUUUGGGAUAUGCCAGUGCUGUGUGCUAUUUGGGAGCGCGAUUGCCUCAGAUCUACAAGAACUACCGCGACCAGUCCUGCGAAGGCCUUUCGCUCCUUUUCUUUAUUCUCUCCCUCUUGGGCAAUCUCACAUAUGGCGCCGGAAUCCUGUGCCACUCGACUGACCCUCAGUAUGUUCUUACCAAUCUGCCUUGGCUGAUUGGAUCACUGGGAACCAUGAUCGAAGAUGUUGUCAUUUUCAUUCAGUUCCGCAUCUACGCGUCUGAGGAGCCCGGUCCCGCGAUCUCAUGA